GGUGUCCGGUCUCCGGUGCACCAUCCCCUUGCAUGUUUUCAACAACGUACAAAAACUAUUAACAACCUCUUACGCGCAUCCCCUAGGAUAAACAAGAGGUGGUACGGCGAUGAAAACGAGCCUUAGAACUUCAACAAGACUACCAUGGAGGACAUUAUUAUUGUUAGCCAUAACAAGUAUAUUUGUAUUUUCAUUAGUUGAGGUAUGUUCAGCCCAAGACAAAGAUGUUGACGAGUUUGGAGACCCAAAAACUACAGGGUCGGAUGCCUUUAAUACAGGGUCAGGCACGGGCACAGACGGAGGGGGUGCGCCUCCAAAGAUCCCUAAGCAAGCUCAAAAUUGUGAUGGUAUAUAUCUUUCCUACGACUUCUUAGGGCGCGAGAAGGAGUACCCCCAUGUCAAGAACACAACAGCCCAAUCGUGGGCAUUUAAGGCACAAGUGCAGCUCGUGAACAUGGGGAGCACCGAGUUGAAGACAUGGAAGGUCUUCAUUGGGUUCCAUCAUAAAGAACUAUUGGUGUCCGCUAAUGGAGCUGUUUUGGUGGAUGGGGAUGAAUUUCCAGCACAAGUGGGUGUCAAUGGUACCACAAUCGGAGGCUAUCCACAAGCCGAUCUCAAGACUGCCAUCGACACAGCCGGGGACUUUAACCAGAUUUCGGUGAAGGUCGGUCUUAAGGGCACGCAAUUUGGGGUCAAGCCUCCAGGAACGCCUAUGCCUAAGACCAUCAAGCUUCAAAAUGAUGGUUUCAAGUGCCCUGCUCCCUCUAAACGCAAAAGCAACAUGUAUCUAUGCUGCCGGAAGGACAAGAAGUUCAAGGUGAACCCCAAGGUGAAGUUCUCAAGAAAGAAAAAGGGUGACCUUAACAUAAUGUACGACAUCUUACAAGCCUACGGUAACAACUACAUGGCUCAAGUAACAAUGGACAACGAUCAUCCAUUGGGUCGCCUAGACCACUGGAACUUAACUUGGGAGUGGAUGAGAGGAGAGUUCAUCUCCACGAUGCGAGGUGCCUUCACCCACCUCAAGGACCCUGCUCAGUGCAUCUACGGACCUGCAGGCCAGUACUACCAGGAAAUGGACUUCACGCAAGUGAUGAACUGUGAGAAAAAGCCUGUGAUGUCUGACUUGCCUUCUGAGAAAAAGGAAGACGAGAAGGUAGGCAAGUUACCCUAUUGUUGUAGGAAUGGCACUGUAUUGCCCAAGACAAUGAAUGAGAGUGAAUCAAGAUCUGUUUUCCAGUUGCAAGUGUUCAAGCUCCCUCCUGACUUGAAACGUACUGCCUUAUACCCACCACAAAACUGGAGGCUCACCGGUGUUCUCAACCCUGACUACAAGUGUGGGCCUCCUAUGAGGGUCGAACCCUCCGAGUUUCCAGACCCCAGUGGAUUGCAGGCCAAGGUUUUGGCAGUAGCAAGCUGGCAAGUGGUAUGCAACAUUACUCGUCCAAAGGAGAAGCAAAACAGAUGUUGUGUGUCGUUUUCAGCCUACUACAACGACUCAGUCGUACCAUGCAACACCUGUGCCUGUGGAUGCGACAACCUCCCAGAAGGGAGCCGAUGCACCCCCAAAGCUCCGGCUAUGCUCCUCCCACCUGAGGCUCUACUUGUGCCCUUUGACAACCGGACCAUCAAAGCCGUGGCAUGGUCAAAGAUCAAACACUAUCCCCUAUGGGACCCAAUGCCCUGCCCUGACAACUGUGGGGUGAGCAUCAACUGGCAUGUUGACGCGGACUACAAAAACGGGUGGACGGCCCGCAUGACCCUCUUCAACUGGGGUGACACCGCUUUCCAGGAUUGGUUUGUUGGAAUUCAGUUAGGCAAGGCAUCACAAGGGUACGACAAGGCCUAUUCUUUCAACGGAACAAUGUUAGAGGACGUUAAUGACACCAUAUUCGUGCAAGGGUUAAAAGGGUUAAAUUACCUGAUUGCCGAGACAAAUGGGUCCAAACCCCGUGAUCCACGGGUGCCUGGGAAGCAGCAAUCAGUACUUUCCUUCAAAAAGAAGCUAACUUGGCAUCUCAAUAUUCCAGCAGGUGACGGGUUCCCAAAAAAACUGCUCUUCAAUGGGGAAGAAUGUGCACUACCUAAAAUCAUUCCGAAAAAGAGUGGUGGCAUACGAUCAAAGCAGAUGAAUAUUUUAACUACUUUCAUCUUCACUUCCAUCAUCACCUUGUUCUUGGUGAGAUGA